AUGGCCGCCCUCACAAACGGCGCUGGGCGCCCUGACGAUGCAGUUGGCGGGCUCCGGCCGCGUCACAAUGGCGCAGACCGAGAUGCUCAUGAAACGACCCGACUCCUGAACGACGACCUUGACGGGACGCGCAUUGUAGAACCAAUAAGGGACAGCUGGUCGGGGGCAGAAGAUUUCAACGACGUCGUUUGGUGGCGUAGACCCUCUAUCUACUGGCUUAUCGGACCAUUCUUCCUAUACACAUUGGCGUUUGGAGGCAUCAUUGUGCCAAAACUGAACCUAAUCAUUGAUCUCAUCUGCCGAGAGUACUUUGCCGACCAGACCUCCAAAGAUCCCAGCUUGGUUUUCCCGCCAGUCCUCCUCGGCGGGGACAACAAGGAAUGCCAAAUUCCGCCGGUGCAGAAGAUGGCGGCCAAGAUGACGUUGAUCAUGAACCUCGUGGUGGGGUUACUAAGUGCGCUUUCCGCGCCGAAGCUCGGCCAGCUGUCCGAUCGGUUCGGCCGGACCAAGUGGCUCGCCCUGUCGUCGUGCGGCGGCAUCCUCGCCGAAAUUGUGACGAUUCUCGCGGUCAAGUUCCCCAACUCGAUCGACUACAGGUGGCUUAUCCUCGGCGCCAUGUCAAUCCUACGCCAGCGACUGCACUCCGCCUUCCAAGCGAGGGUGGCGAUCGGGUACCUCCAUGCCUGCCUGUUCACCGGCCUCGCGCUGGGCCCGAUUUUGUCCGCCAAAUUCAUCAGGUUCACGGGCAAUGAUCUCAUCUCCAUCUUCUACGCCGCCCUCGCGUGCCACAUCUUCUUUGUCUUGUUUGUUCUCUUCGUCCUUCCCGAGUCUGUGUCGCGCAGACGACAGCUGCUCAGCCGCGAGAAGCACGAGAAGGAGAUCGAGGCCCGAGGGGGCGACGGCAGCUGGCUCAGCUCCCUGCGCCACAAGCACCCGCUGGCGCCCUUGAAGAUCCUGUACACCAAGCACCCAGGAGCGACGUCUCGGUUCCGGCUGAACAUCAUCUCUCUCGCCCUCAUCGAUAUGAUUCUCCUCGGGGCCGCCAUGGGCGCCGGCACUGUCGUCAUUCUGUACAGCGAGUACGUUUUCAAAUGGAGCAAUUAUGAAAGCUCGCACCCUCGGCUACUUUUUGCCAAGACAGAGGUGUUUUUCGUCAUGGGCGGCAUCAUGACGGCGUUUGGCGGCAUGGGGAGCGCGACGAUUCAAGCAUCGCUGACCAAGCAUGUGCCCCCGGAAAAGGGUGGCGGCGCCCUCAUGUUUAACGGUCUCUACCAUGCCACCCUAGAGACGUAUCCGCAAGCGAUAUUCAUCCUCCUCACGUCGCUUUUUGGCGUAUCACUCGUGGCGAGCGCCAUCUGUACAUUCGAGAGGAUGUCACCCCCGCUGUCGCGGUCCCCUCAAGCCGUAACGACCCCGAGCUCCGCUGUCGAGGAGGAGCUCCUCAUUUAG